GCGUUCACAACUCUGUCGGUCGGGUUCUGCAUUUUAUUUUAUUAUUAUUAUUAUUUUUUUUUGUUUUUCUCUGCUUUGGCUUGUGUGUUUGGUGUAGUGUGGUGCAGUAUAUUAAAAACUGACCGCGUUUUCAUCGACUUUGAUUCGCAUUCAACGCGAAUACAACAAAAUACUACGAAUUGAUUUACGCGAUUUAAUUGAAUAACAAUAUAAAUGCGGAAAAUUCGCAAAUGAUGCGAAGGCGACUCUGAAAAAGGAAAAAGCAAAGAGAAUUAAGUAGUUAACAAAUGGGACCAAAUCACAACAACGCUCUCAAGUAUUUACAAGCUGAGCAGCCAGAGAUUCGUUGUCACAGACACACCGACGACCGCAAGCAGCAGCAGCAGGAGCUGGCGGCGGAGGCAAGUGUAUUAAAAGCGUCAAAAUAGGAGCGUCGACAUCGUCGGCAGCAGCGUCACCAGCUUUGCCCCGUGACAGCUCGAGGAUGUCGGCGCGCAAGCCAGCGACAGUAGCAAUAUCAACACCAGCAAAAUCGGAUAACAAUAAUGUAGCAACAUCACCCACACUUGAAUUGGAAGGAACUGUAUCGGGCGGUGAUGAAGCUGCAACUGGAGGAACGUCAGCAACAACAACGGCAGCGUCUGAUGGAGAAGUGGAGACAACAACUCCUGAGGAAGAGGUAGAUCAAGGGCCACCAGAGAAGGAAAAGGACAAGGAGACGACGCUAGAGGCGACUGUGAAAGACAGCGGCUCGCCUAGAAAGUCGUUGACGGACACAAAGAUACUGCGGAACACGCGUCUGUCAUCGCCACUGCUGCUGGGUGCUGCCAGCGAUGGCGAGGAUCAACAGCCCAGCAACAGCCAAAAUAACCAGAGAAAGGGCUCAACGGAUCGUCAGAUUAUACGCGGCCGUAAGUCCAUAAAGGAGAUGCGCGAGGCGAAGCUGCAGGACGAACUCAAUGUGAAAGAGGAGUUGGCCAACUUUGAGCUCGAGGACGAAGCGAAGGACACAAAAGACAAUGUCAAGUCAGUGCUGGACAGUAAAGAUAAAGAAAAAGAGACGACGCCAACUCCAACAACUGCCACUUCCACUCCGACUCCCACUCCUGUGUCCACUCCCGCCACAACCUGCAAUCGUGUUACACGGAAAGCACACGCUCAGGAGCUGGCCAACAACAUGGCCGCUAACAACAACACACGCGUCACCCGCAAUCGCCGGCAAUCGUCGACGGUCAACAACGAGCCCCAGCUGCCGGCUCGGGGUCGCCGAAAAAAGGCAGCGUUGCUUAAGCGCAAGCGCUCCAUCGACGAUGCGUCCAACGAGUCUAGCUUGGCUUUAAAAUACACCAAAGUCGAGGUCAAGGAAGAGGACGACGAUCCCGACUCGAGUGUGGCAUCACUGGCUGGCGAUGAAGUCGCUGUCACGCCCGCCAAAUCCUCGUCGUCGUCGUCGGGUUCGUCGUCAACGCUCAACAUCAAGCUAGAGCUGCCUGACACCGAGGAUACUCCCAUGCACACACCCGAGCUGCCCUCCCCCGCUGUGCAGCAAUCAACGGCCAGUCGACGUGGUCGAGGCAGACCCCAAACACGGACUACGCCCGUCAGUUGCACUGGGAGCAGCACACGUGCCACACGCCACAGCAAGGCCGGCUCGCCGUGUCUGUUGUUGGCAACCACGCUCACUGAGCCGCCCACGGCUUCGAAGCGCCGUCGGGUCGGUUCAUUGAAUCGCAGUCUCCUGGUCGCCAAGCCGACGUCAUCAUCGUCCGGCAACGCUGGAGUUGACGAGGACUCCAAGGAUAGUCUGGCAUCCAGUUCCAUGGAUGAUUUGUUGCUGCCCACGGCAGAAAUAAAACAGGAGAAAAUUACCAUGGACUUUGAGGAGAGCCUUGAUGCCGGGAGGACCACAAAACCGACCGAUCCGGAGCCCGUUGAGGAGGCACCACCAUCAACAAGUGCUGCCGCCUGCUCCAAUGGCAUCGAGCCGCUGACAGUCGACACUGAUCCGGUUGCAGUCAAGGCAUCACCUGCCAAUGAACUGGAGGAACAACAAACAGCAGUCGAGGGAACGGUCAAGGACUUGGCAACAGGUCAGGAAACAGAAAUAGAGGCGGGAGAAACCGCAUCGGCGAACGAGAACGAGACGGAGGCUGGCAAGGCGCCCUCGCUGAGCCCAGAAAUGAUUAGCGAGGGUGUCAGCGCCAUUAGCGUAAAGCAGUUCUAUAAGAAGCCCGAGUUUCUGGCCAACAAUCUGGGCAUCGAGAAGGAUCCUGAGCUGGGCGAGAUCGUACAAAUUGUUACGGAAACGACAGUCGACGCUGAGGCUGAGGCUGAAACGGAAGCUGAAGCUGACGUUGAGGUCGAAGCUGAUGCUGAGGCCCAAAUCGAAACCCAGGCCGAAACGGAGCUGAUCCUUGAGCUGGACGGGGAUGCGGAGAGCAAACAGGAUAAUUCCGCCUACUCCUCCGCGGCCAUGGACGAACUUCGUGUCGAUGAAAGCGGCGAUGAGACCACUGAAAUACUGGACGACCAAAAGACCACAGAUGAGCAGGAAACAGCUGCUGAAAAGCAAGCAACAACAACAGCCGCAGGGGAGGAGGAAGAUGCGACAGCUGCUGCCGUCGCUGUUGCUGCUGAGACAAUGAGCUCGCCGGGCGAGCUAAACGGCGAGACUGAGCAAGCAUCCAAGGCGGAUGACUACGAUGACUUCGAGAGCGAGAUUAUGGAGCAGCUGGCUAAGGAAGGCGUAGUGGAUGCCAGUGGCAAUGCGCUUAGCGCCACCAAAGCGUCGACACUGGAUAAGCCAACAACGCCACCAUGUGAUUCGCUCAAGAUUGUGCAGCAGGAUGAGGACACUGAAGCGGAAGCUGUCGUGAAGGAAGAGCAGGAGGAAGAGGAGGUUGAGAAAGAAAAACAGCUGCCGCCUACUGAGGAGGAAGUUGCAAAAAAGAAACCAAGCCAAGUGGAGCUCGACUUGGAGGUGGCACCCUACACCGAGGAACAGGAGGCGGAGGCCAAUGCCGAGGCUGAUGCUGAUGAUGACGCCGAUGGCGAGGGCGAUGCCGAUGCCGAGAUGCAAAUACUCAGCGAGGAUUGCGUCGAAUAUCCCGAGGAGAACAAAGAGAAUGUGUCGACUGCGGCCGCAGAUGGCAUCGUUGUCGCAGCCGGUGGCGAUGCUGUCAACUGCGAAUCAUCAAUGGACAUGGACAUUGAUCUGGCAUUCAAGAGCGAGGACAGUGCUGUCGCCGCCAAUCUGGAAGUGGUGGCCGAGGUUGAGGGAAAGGAAGAGGUAAAACCGAAGAUGGAGGAUGAGGCGAAGAAGUCAAUUGAUGAGCACAAGAUCGUGACCAAGAUGGAAACUAAUGGCGAUGGCGACGGCGACGAUGAGGUGCUGCGUCGCGAGAAGGAGCUGCAUCUGCAGCAUCUCGGUCUGCUGACACAUCAGGCAGCCGAGCAGCUGCGUCAGGAAUACAUCCAGGAGGCGCACACUCGCGCCGUCCACCAGCAGCAACAACAGCAGCAUCAUCCCAGCGGCAAGCGAUCCGCUGCCAAGGGCAAUGCGCACAUCGAAUCCAGCGGCACACUCAAGACGGUCAUCAAGCUCAAUCGCAGCAGCAACGGCGGCUCAGGAGGAGCAGCUGCGGUGCCCACAGGCACCGUUAUACACGGCGCUGCUGUCGGUGGAGCGGGCAAUGCAGGCGUCUCGGGUGGUGCAGCGACGACGACGUCGGGCAUUGGGAGUGCAACGCGCAAAGGUGGCAUCGUGGUUGGAGGCGGCCAUACGGGAGCGGCGAGCAGCUCGGCGCACGGUGUGCGACGACAAUCGCUUAAAAUGACAUUCCAAAAGGGACGGGCACGUGGACACGGGGCCACCGAUCGGGCGGCCGAUGGGCAGCAUGGGGCCCAUGCCGAAGACUAUUACACGAUACAGAAUGAGAACGAAGGUGCGAGCAAAUCGAAUGCAAAUCCGAAUCUGGGUAACGCCGGCCGCAAGACAACUAACCGUCUAAGCUCUACUAACAACAACCAUCACAACAACAACAAUCAGAAUCACAGCAACGGCAACAACAAGCAGCAGUUGCAACAACAACAUCAGCAACAGUUGCAGCACAGCAAACAUAACAAUGAUUCGUCACACUCGGAAGGCCAAGGUGGACAACUGGACCACAGCUUCUAUCAGACGGUGAAGAAGGACGAGAAGGAGAAAAUACUCAUACCAGAGAAGGCCUCCUCGUUCAAGUUCCAUCCGGGACGUCUGUGCGAGGAUCAAUGCUACUACUGCAGCGGAAAGUUCGGACUCUACGACACGCCCUGCCACGUCGGCCAGAUCAAGUCCGUUGAGCGUCAGCAAAAGAUACUCGCAAAUGAGGAGAAGCUGACUGUGGAUAAUUGCCUGUGCGAUGCGUGCUUCCGUCAUGUGGAUCGACGUGCCAAUGCGCCCAGCUACAAGAAACGCAUCUCUGCGCCAGGACACCUCGAGUCCAACAGCAACAACAACAACAGCGCUGCUGCCGGCGGCAGCAGCUUGGACAAGCACUUUGCUGGCGAUGCAACCGAUACUGACUUUGCCACAACUUCAUCGGGCGCUGCUUCCGCAUCGGCGCGUGUCUGCGCUGUCAAGGAUUGUGCCGAUGGGGCGAGUCAUUCGCUGCGGCGCAAAUGCGUGCGGAAGAGCGUCAAGAAAUGCCUGCUGAACUUCGAGAUACCCGUGGGCACAUCGAACGUCUGGCUCUGUGAGCCGCACUACAACACUGUCAUUCAAUCCUCUGGCUGUGUGCUGUGCAAGCGUCGUCUGGGCAAGAAUCACAUGUACCACAUCACCUCGCAGGACACUGAUCGACUGGAGAAGGCUCUGGCCGAGAUGGGCAUUCCUGUGCAGCUGGGCGUUGGCACCGCCGUCUGCAAGCUGUGUCGCUAUUUUGCCAAUCUGCUGAUGAAGCCGCCGGACAGUACCAAGUCUCAAAAGGCCGAGUUUGUAAAGAACUAUCGCAAGAGGCUGCUCAAGGUGCACAAUCUGCAGGACGGCAGCAACGAGGUCUCCGAGGCGGACGACGAAGAUGUGCGCGCCUCAACAAACAGCACAGUUGCCGUUGCUACAGCGUCGGCGGCAUCGUCGGCAGCUGGCUACGAUGAGGGGUCCACAGAGCUGCCUAUGGUGGUGGACUACGACGGGCCCGCGACGGACUCGAAUUCGAGCAGCUCGUCCUCCCAUGGCGCAGCCGCAGCCAGUGCGGCCAGCAAGCAAAUGUCCAAGCUGCAGGCGAUACUCCAGCAAAACCUGGCCGGCGAGACAGCAACGACGAACGUUGCCAGCAGCGGGGGCGGCGGCGUUGGCAAAGAUAAGGCUGCUGAUAUUUCGAAUGUGCUGCGCGGCAAUCCGAACAUAUCGAUGCGGGAGCUCUUCCACGGCGAGGAGGAGUUGGGCGUGCAGUUCAAGGUGCCUUUCGGGUGCAGCAGCAGCCAGCGCACGCCCGAGGGCUGGACACGGGUGCAAACAUUUCUGCAGUACGAUGAGCCGACGCGUCGCCUGUGGGAGGAGCUGCAGAAGCCGUACGGCAAUCAGAGCUCCUUCUUGCGCCAUCUCAUACUGCUGGAGAAGUAUUAUCGCAACGGCGAUCUGGUGCUUGCGCCACACGCCUCGCCCAAUGCCAGCGUCUACACACAAACGGUGCGUCAGCGCCUCAACUCCUACGAUCAUGGCCACUGCGGCGGACUGCAGAGCAAUGCGAAGAGUGCAGCUGAUGCUGCUGCUAGUCAGUCGCAGUCGCCGCCAACAGCAACAGCUGCAGCUGGCAGCAGCAACUUAUCCUCCUCCAGCUGUGCGGCGUCAACGAAUGCCGCCAGCGUUCUAGCAAGUGCCCUGAUUACUCCACAACAGCAGCAGAGCCAGAAUCAGAGUAGCGUUGAUUCGCUGUUGUUGCAGCCGCCAAGUCAGGAGGCGGUCAUUCCUUUGGUUGAGCUGAACGACGAUGAUGACGACGACGACGAUGAUGAUGAUGGUGGUGGUGGUAAUAACGGCAACCAGAAGCGGGAGGAUGUAGACUAUACGCCGCUUGAACGCCUGCGCAAUGUGUCCGUGGACAAGCUGACGAAGCAGCUCAGCUCGAAUGCAGUCACCAUCACUGCGCGGCCCAAGGAAAGCGGGAAGCAAGCGUCGUCAGCAGUUGAGGAGACAACAGCACACAAAAUGCCAUUGAGCAAGGAUGCGCCGCCUUUGGUGCCCACAAGCAGCGCAGCAGCAGCUGCGGCAGCGGCAGCCAACAGUCGCAGCAUUCUCAAAACCAAUCUGCUGAACAAGGCAGUCGAGUUGUUGCCGCUGUCAGCGGCACAGCAGCAACUCCAACAGCAACAGCAGCAGCAAUCGAAUCACAAACCCGCCGCGAAUGCGAACAACAACGAGAAGCCGCUCAAGCUGCUGGAUGUGGCCAAUCAGCUUGCGCGUAGCCACCUGGAGCAGCAGUCGGUAUCGCUGCUGACGCUGCAGCAGCAACAACAACAGCAGCAGCAACAAAAACAGAAACCUCUGGCUGCCGCUGCUGCAGUGUUGCAACAGCCCAGCAAGCCAGCAGCGACGAAUGUGGCACAGUUGCUGAGCUCGCCACCUGAGCUCAUCAGUCUGCAGCGACGACGCACAAGUGGCGUGGCUAUCGCAACUAGUGUCAACUCAGCGGCAGCUGCAGCAGCAGCAGCAGCGGCAACGAUUGCAUCGGUACCCGGACUGGCUGGCAAGCGACUCCAAUUGCCUCGGGCAGGCGGCGGCAGCGGUGCUGCCAACGCGCCCAGUGUGAUCAUGCUGCCGGAUUCGCUGUCGCCGCAGGAGCGACAUGACAGCAAGAGCUGGAAGCCCACACUGAUACCGCUGAAGGAGCAGCACAAGGUGCCGAACAAGUCGCCGACUCUGUUCCAAACAGCCGACGGACGUCGCCUGCCGGCCCAAGUGCAGGUGCAGUCCGGCGGCAAGCCAUACCUCAUCUCCAUCAUAGACUACAAUCGCAUGUGCAUAUUGCGACGCGAGAAGCUGAUGCGCGACCAGAUGCUGAAGACGAAUGCCAAGUCCAAGCCAGGUGGUGGUGGCCAGGCGCAGUCGCAGUCUCAGUCGCAAUCCCAGCAGCAGCAACAACAGCACUCGUCGAACUUUGCUGGCCUAAGCAGCAAAAUGGCAGCAGCUCAACAGACUGCACGCCAGCAGCUGCAGCAGUUGCAACAGCAGCAGCAACACAAGCAACAGCUGCCUACGCUGCAGCCAGGCGGCAGCAGCGGAUUGCGUUUGGCUCGUCUGGCGCCGAAGCCAAUGCCACCACUGAGCAACCCACAGCAGAAUGCGACCACGACUAGCAACAGUGGCAGCAGCUCGACGACGACAACGCAGGCGACCAACUAUCAGCCGAUGCUGGUGAAUGCCUUGGCUGCUGCGGCAGCGGCUGCAGCGACGGGCAGCAGCAGCGGAUUGGACAACAACACCUCGUGGCUGUGGAAGAACUAUCCGGAUCACUCGCAGUUUCUACUGAAUGGCAAUGGCAGCGGAGCUGGAAACGCCAGCAAAUUACCGCAUCUCACCAGCAAGCCGACAGCGACAAGCAUCAGUGGGGGCGGCAGCGGAUUAGGUGGGAGUGGCAGUGGUGGAGGUGCGAUUACUUUCACGCUCAAACAGCAGCAACAACAGCAGCAGCAGCAGAAGCUCAUCGAUAAUGUCAUCAUGUCCAAGAUACCCAAGAGUCUGACAGUCAUACCGCAGCACAUGGGUGGAGGAGGAGGAGGUGGCGGAGACUUGACAGGUUCAGGCUCAAAGGAAUGUUUGCAAAAACACGACCAUGCAUACCAUAGCCACCUGGAGCAGCAGUCGGUAUCGCUGCUGACGCUGCAGCAGCAACAACAACAGCAGCAGCAACAAAAACAGAAACCUCUGGCUGCCGCUGCUGCAGUGUUGCAACAGCCCAGCAAGCCAGCAGCGACGAAUGUGGCACAGUUGCUGAGCUCGCCACCUGAGCUCAUCAGUCUGCAGCGACGACGCACAAGUGGCGUGGCUAUCGCAACUAGUGUCAACUCAGCGGCAGCUGCAGCAGCAGCAGCAGCGGCAACGAUUGCAUCGGUACCCGGACUGGCUGGCAAGCGACUCCAAUUGCCUCGGGCAGGCGGCGGCAGCGGUGCUGCCAACGCGCCCAGUGUGAUCAUGCUGCCGGAUUCGCUGUCGCCGCAGGAGCGACAUGACAGCAAGAGCUGGAAGCCCACACUGAUACCGCUGAAGGAGCAGCACAAGGUGCCGAACAAGUCGCCGACUCUGUUCCAAACAGCCGACGGACGUCGCCUGCCGGCCCAAGUGCAGGUGCAGUCCGGCGGCAAGCCAUACCUCAUCUCCAUCAUAGACUACAAUCGCAUGUGCAUAUUGCGACGCGAGAAGCUGAUGCGCGACCAGAUGCUGAAGACGAAUGCCAAGUCCAAGCCAGGUGGUGGUGGCCAGGCGCAGUCGCAGUCUCAGUCGCAAUCCCAGCAGCAGCAACAACAGCACUCGUCGAACUUUGCUGGCCUAAGCAGCAAAAUGGCAGCAGCUCAACAGACUGCACGCCAGCAGCUGCAGCAGUUGCAACAGCAGCAGCAACACAAGCAACAGCUGCCUACGCUGCAGCCAGGCGGCAGCAGCGGAUUGCGUUUGGCUCGUCUGGCGCCGAAGCCAAUGCCACCACUGAGCAACCCACAGCAGAAUGCGACCACGACUAGCAACAGUGGCAGCAGCUCGACGACGACAACGCAGGCGACCAACUAUCAGCCGAUGCUGGUGAAUGCCUUGGCUGCUGCGGCAGCGGCUGCAGCGACGGGCAGCAGCAGCGGAUUGGACAACAACACCUCGUGGCUGUGGAAGAACUAUCCGGAUCACUCGCAGUUUCUACUGAAUGGCAAUGGCAGCGGAGCUGGAAACGCCAGCAAAUUACCGCAUCUCACCAGCAAGCCGACAGCGACAAGCAUCAGUGGGGGCGGCAGCGGAUUAGGUGGGAGUGGCAGUGGUGGAGGUGCGAUUACUUUCACGCUCAAACAGCAGCAACAACAGCAGCAGAAGCUCAUCGAUAAUGUCAUCAUGUCCAAGAUACCCAAGAGUCUGACAGUCAUACCGCAGCACAUGGGUGGAGGAGGAGGAGGUGGCGGAGACUUGACAGGUUCAGGCUCAAAGGAAUGAGAACAACUGAAGCCCCAACAACAACCGAGUGACGAUGAUGGGAUGCAUUUGAAACGCAAGCAGUUGAUACUUUAAGACGAAGAAAGGAUGCGAGAGAGAUCAGAGUCAGCUUUAGCUGUAGCUAUAAUAUAUAUAUAUAUAGAUAUAGUAGUGUUGGCCAAGCAUAUUCCAUAGAAACAGUCGCGGAUCAAUGGAUACGCCCAAGAAGGAUUUUAGAUGAUAGGCAAACUACACAACAAACACACAGAAACACAUUAUACACACACACACACACACACGCAUACAUACAUACGGCUAGAGUUGAAAACUAUACAAAUAGAAUGAAGAGAGACAGCGAUAAGCAUGAACACAGCGCAAGAAGAAAUGGCGACAGAAUCGUGGUGUGUUAUAGGUCUAAAGUUAAAAUACCUUAGAAAUACAAAAGAUACAUAUAUACACUACAUAUGUAGUAGAGGGGACACACACACACAUACACUUCUUUAUAGAUAUACACACACAAUAUGAUACGAUAUGAUAUAUAGUAUAUAGGCAUUGUAGUAUUAGUGCUCGGGGUGUGUUCUAUAUUGAAUCAUUGUUAAGUAUGCCUUUAAAGUUAACAUACUGCGCGAACAGAUAUAUAUACACACACACACACAUCUUCAUCAGCAAAGAAAUAAGGCAGAUGCACAUAUGUAUAUGUAAGGAAGGAAUACAUAUAUGCAUAUAUUUUUUUAUUCGACUUUACGGCACAUCAUUACAACAUUUGGGCAUUCGUGUAUUAUAUAUAUACCAAAUUGCUAGUACAUAAAUGCACUGACCAGACAGAAACGGCACGUGUGUAGAAAGAGAGGGCAGAGCACAAACUAAAUGCUGCCAAAAAUGAUAUUGGCAGAGGAAAAGAGAAUAUUUUGUAGAGUUGCGCAUGGAUGCUCGCUUGUUCCGCCUUCGAACUUAUGUCGCGUCGUCUCGGCUACACACACACAUACACAAAUUCUCAUACACACACACUUUCGCAAACCAGAGUUAGUUAGUAGUUACUCUCAUUUAAGAUGCUUUUUUUUUAUUAAAUUUACUAUUACACAAAGACUACAAUUCUAUAAAGAAAUGAAAGAAGAAUGCACUAAAAUGAUCGA